AUGACUGAUUAUGCUUCUUCUUCCUCAUGGACAUCCUUUUUGAAGUCUGUAGCAUCCUUCUCAGGUGAUAUUUCUUCAUUAACUGCACCACCAUUUAUUCUAUCAACUACUUCACUUUCUGAAUUCCCACAAUAUUGGGCUGAACAUCCGGAUUUAUUUCUGGAAUCAAGUUUCAUUACAGAAGAAAACUACAAAUCAAAAUUUCCUGAAGUCACUGAUUUGGAAUCUGUUGAUGUAGCACGUAUGCUUUCUGUUACUAGAUGGUUUAUUGCUACUUUAAAGUCUCAAUAUUGUUCUCGUAAUGAAUCAAUGGGUACUGAAAAGAAACCUUUAAACCCAUUCUUAGGAGAAGUUUUUGUUGGCAAAUGGGAUAAUAAAGAAAAGGAAGAAUACGGUGAGACUGUAUUAUUAAGUGAACAAGUCUCUCAUCAUCCUCCAAAGACUGCAUACACCAUAUUUAAUGAUAAGAACGAUGUGAAACUAGAAGGUUAUAAUCAAGUUAAAGCUACUUUCAGCAAAACUUUGAUGCUUGGUGUCAAGCAACUUGGCCAUGCAAUGUUACAUGUCAAAGACGAAUCAUUCCUAGUAACAUUACCAGCUCUUCAUAUUGAAGGUAUAUUAAUGGCUGCACCAUUUGUGGAAUUAAAUAGUAAGUCAAUGAUUCAAUCUUCUUCGGGUUUAGUGACCGUUAUCGAAUAUUCAGGUAGAGGUUAUUUCUCUGGGAAGAAGAAUACAUUCAAGGCUAAAUUAUACAAGAGUGUUGAAGAUUUAAACGCUAACAAUUAUCCAUUAUACACUAUGAGUGGCCAAUGGUCUGGGGUUUCUAAAAUAGCAAACGGUGAAACCGGUGAAGAAAGAGGUACCUUUUAUGAUGCCAUAAACCACCCAACUGAACACAUAUAUGUUAAACCAAUCGAGGAACAAAACCCAUUAGAGAGUAGAAGAGCAUGGGAAAAAGUUGCUGAAGGAAUUACCUUUGGUGAUAUGUCUAUGAUUGCCCAGGAAAAAGGUAAGAUCGAGAAUCAUCAAAGAGAAUUAAGGAAACAAGAAGAAGAGGAAGGUACUGAAUGGAAGAGAAGAUGGUUCAAAGAAGUUGACUAUUCUACUAUAUCAGCUAAUGAACCUCUAGAUAAAACUGACGAUAAAUUCAUCCAAUUGAGUGCAGAAUUGAACCUUUCCACAAAGAAUACUCCUAGUGGGUCCGUUGUUGGUGAUAAAGAUGAUCUAAAAGCUGAAACUUGUUCUCACUGGAGAUUCAAUAGACAAGCUUGGGAUGAUGAGAAGGAAAUCAAAGUAUGA